CUUGCUGCCUUUGCCACCCAGGUUGCCGCCCACGGCUACCUCACCAGCCCCAAGCCUCGUAUGCCCGGCGAUGCGCUUGCAAAGGCCUGCGGUAGCCAGGUCUUCAACAUGUGGAGCUCCGACAUCAACGGCAACGUCCAGACUGCCCUCCAGACCGCCAGCAACCAGAACGACUACAACGAGGCUGCUUGCAACAUCUGGUUGUGCAAGGGUAUGAAAUUUGAGGACAACAAGGCCAACGUCCAGUCAUACACUGCUGGCGAGAAGGUCCCAAUCACUUUCAACGUCGCUGCCCCCCACACUGGUGUUGCCAACAUGUCGGUCAUCGACACCAAGACCAACUCCAUCAUCGGCUCGCCGCUCAUCACCUUUGACGACUACGCGUCCACCGCAACUGGCGUCACUGCCGAGGAGAAGAACUUCGACAUCACCAUCCCUUCCGACCUCGGCAGCAAGUGCGCUACCGCCGGUGACUGUGUCCUUCAGUUCUGGUGGGACGCCCGCUCCAUCGAUCAGACCUACGAGUCCUGCAUUGACUUCACCGUCGGUGGCUCCGGCUCCGGCUCCGACUCUCCCAGCGCCCCAGCCAGCUCUGCCCCGGCUGCCACUGCC